AUGGAGCAUGGCCUGAAAGUUGCCCGUUAUGCUGCCUUAGAUUCUGUGAUUGCUUCUUCAGGACAAUGCGUGCGCAAGAGCUCCCUCAGAGAGUUGCAGACAACUCACGGCCGCCUCAUAAAGUCAGGACUAAGGGAACCCACUUCUCUGUGGAACAACCUUCUGAAGGGGUACACCGACUUUGAACGCCCGCAAUUAGCACGCUUACUGUUUGAUGAAAUGCCCCAGAAAGAUGCAUUCUCCUGGAACAUGGUCAUCUCAGGUUUGGCUCGAUGCGGAUGGAUUGAGGACGCUCGCCGAUUGUUCGAUGAGAACCCCACAAGGUGCACUAUCUCAUGGAACUGCAUGAUGUCCGCAUACAAUUCCAACGGACGCCAAGUCAACGUUCUCAAGCUGUUUGUGUGCAUGCACCAAGAAGGAUCCUCGAGAAGCAGAUUCAGCUUUGCGACGGUUCUCAAUGCCUGUGCUAAAUUACCAGUCCGGCAUUUCGGCGAGCAGGUUCAUGCAGAUAUAAUUCGAAAUGGUUUGGCUUCGAACCACAUUGUUGGUAGUGCACUCAUCAGGGUUUAUUCUGCAUACAACAUGCUGGGAGAUGCAUGCCAAGCAUUUCAAGAGGCCAAGUACAGAGAUGGAGUUCUCUGGACGUCCAUCAUAUCAGCUCAUGCCCAGAAUGAGGAUGGUGUCGCUGCACUCCAUCUGUUCCAGAUGAUGGAGAAAGCAGGCCAGAUUCCAAGCCAGCUCACAUUUGCCAGCGUCAUAGAUUCAUGUGCAUCCUUGGCUGCAUUGAAGCAGGGCAUCCAAAUACAUGCACGUAUACUGAAAUCAGGCUACGGGCAGAAGAAUUUGAUAAUCGCCACAGCUCUCAUCAGUAUGUAUUCCAGAUGUGGUUAUUGGAAUGAAGCUUCUCAGAUAUUUGAUUCAAUUCAAGAACCAGACACGAUCAUGUGGAAUGCAGUAAUUUGGGGGGCGGCCCUCAAUGGGCAGGCUGCAAUUGCAAUGGAUCAAUUCAGACGAAUGUCAGAAACUAAACUGGUCCCAAAUCACAGUACAUUCUCCGGCGUCCUCCUAGGUUGCACCUACGGAGGCUUGGUGGAUGAAGGUAUGGUCUUCUAUAAGAAAAUGACAGAGAACUACGGUCUGCAACCACUGCCGGACCAUUGCGCUAGUAUGAUCAGUCUUUUAGGUCGGCAUGGACAGCUUGAUGAAGCCGUAAGCCUGAUGCAGAGCGCCCCCUUCGAGCCCAACUCAGCAAUGUGGGGUGCACUUUUGGGUGCUUCCGUUAUACAUCAUAAUCUAGAAUGGGGUAAAAAGGCCGCUGAAUCUCUGUUCCUAAUGGAGCCACUAAAUUCUACACCUUAUGUGCAGCUGGCUAACAUCUAUGCUUCAGCUGGUAUGUGGGCCGAAGCAGCUGAAAUCAGGAAAGGAAUGAAAAGCAAGGGAAUAAAGAAGGUUCAGGGUUGCAGCUGGAUUUAUAUCAGAAGCGAGGCCGUCUUGUUCACUGCAGGAGACAGAUCCCAUGCCAAAUCUCCACAGAUAUAUGACAAAUUAAGAAUGCUGAACGAGGAAAUGAAGGCUGUUGGGUAUGUGCCGGACAGGAGUCUGGUAUUCCAAGAUGUUGAUGAGGGUGAGAAAGAGGAAAUUCUUGCUCAACAUAGCGAGAAGCUAGCAUUAGCACUUGGGUUGCUUGAAUUGUCUAGUGAAUUGCCUCUGUGGAUUGUCAACAACCAACGCAUGUGUGCUAAUUGCCACACUGCCUUCCAACUUAUUUCAAAGAUAAGCAAGAGGAAGAUAACUGUGAGAGAUACGAGCAGGUUCCACAAUUUCGAAGAUGGAUCAUGUUCAUGUAGAAACUUUUGGUGA